CUCCUCGAGCAAGGCGUUCCUGUGAACUCCUCCCAUGUACAGAGCGCCACGGAGGAGAGAAACACGGAAGUGCUCGCCUUAUACUUCAAUGGUCACUGGGACAUCAAUAAAGAGAUUGAAUGGGCGGUGCCUCCUGCACUGGCAUACGCUGUGGACGAUGCAGCUCUUACGCAGUGGUUCCUCUCUCGCGGAGCCGACCCGAACGCCCAAUGCCUCUUGGACAUAACGCCACUGUCUGCUGCCGUUCAGUACGCGCCAAUGUCCGUCCUCAAACUCCUCUUCGAACACGGCGGAUCUAUAGCUUUCGGCCAAUUGCUCAAUUACGCAGCGUGGCGGGAGCUAGACGACCGCGUGGAUGUUGUUAUGUUCCUUCUCGCGAAAGGCGCUCCGAUCAACAAUAUUAUGUACCAGAACCGAAUGGACUGUUAUCGACAGCGGGAAGCAUUCGCACUUGGCACGGCUCUUCAUGAUGCAGCGGCGAUUGGGAGCAUCGAUGUCGUAAAGACGCUUGUGGAUGCUGGUGCCGAGCUACGCAUCAAAGACUCUCGUGGUGAGACGCCGUUACAGCGAGCGGAGAGGAACAACCACUUUGACGUGAUACAGUAUCUACAGCCGCUUGUGGAGAGGGAGCGCUCCACCGUUACGACAGUUCACCGAUGA